AUGGUGACUGAUGUAAAAACUAGAAUGGCUAAUGAACUUAAGAAAUUAUUCAAUAAUAGAAAUGAAGUUUAUGUCUUGAGAGUUUGGAGUUUGCUUGUCCAACUUCUUGGAAAGGAACUUCAUUGUGUCUUCAUUAACCAACUUCUUCCAAUUGUUGAACUUGGUUUUAAGAGCUCAAUUCCAAAUAUCAAAUAUGAGGCAUUUUGUGCUUGGAAAUAUUUAAUUGAAAACUUUGCAUCAAAUCCAGCUAUUAUUGGUGACCAAAAAAGAAUAAAACUUUUGAUGCAAGUUUUUAAGAUUAACAAUGCCAAAACUGAAACAGUUGCCAUGAAAAAAUUAGAGGUCUGGUGGUAUUUUGUGAAAAAAUUGGAUACUAAGAUUCUGAGCAAUUUUGAUAUGGUUUGUACACCUUUGUUGAGAUUUUGUGUUGGUGGCAAAUGGACACAGGGAUCUCGGAAUACACCAACACCAAAACUUGUUAAUACUCCUUUGCCCAGCCAAGGAACAGUAUGGCCAUCAUUUGCUCCUCUUCAGAAAAAAGGACUUGAGAUUAUUGCUCAUUUACUGAAGCUUCCUCCUGGCAAUGUGAAUCUCCCUGCUGUAGAUCUAGAAUUAGACACUUUAAAUACUAAUGUUGUUUUGGGGCCGGCUUUGUUUCUGAAACAAUCCAGCGUAAUCGCCUAUGCGACUGUUGAGCUGAUGUGUUCUGUUGAGGCUUCAGAUGAUUUAGUCCUUUAUAUUUGGUGCCUGCUUGUUGAGCAUAUGCGAUUGGGACUUGAAGCUGGUCUUAAGGUCGAUUGCAGAGAUGCUUUGUCAUCUUUUCUUUGUGAUUUCUCAACAUUGGUUCUUAGCCGUCAAUCUCCAUAUUCUGUAAAAUAUAAACUCUUCCUUGCCGUUUCCAGACUUCCCAAGAAGAUACUCUCUUCAACAGCCUAUAACAUCAGUAGUGGAGAAAAAAUUCAUGGUACACCUGCUUUAUUUCUAACUGAACUUUUGCUAACUCCUUCCAUGUUGGAAGAGGGAAUCUACCAAGAAAAUUAUGAGACUCUGUUUAGUAACUUGAUUGAAAUGGGCAUGACUAAUCCUUCAGGUGCUCUUGAAUUCUGCCAAGCUGUCAUACAAGUUUUGGAUCGUCAUGCAGGUUUUGUGCAGCAUUCUGAGCAGUUAUUUAAAUUAUGGUCAUGCAUUGCAUGGCCUUUGUUUGAACACAUCACAAAAAACAAUGAAGUUAACCAAGGUGAUGCCCUUGAACACAAUUUCACUUCUCUCUACCGGGCAUUAUUUUUUCCUGUAAAAUGGCUGUUUGGAAAUAGUUUAUCUCAGAACUUGCUGAAGGUCUGGGGUAACAUGUAUCGCACAUUUGCUAACUUGGCCGCUCUUGUUGUGAAUGCAUCUGCUAAUGUAACUUGUGAGCAUGUCAGCCUCCUUAUUCUGGAAGAGUUACCUAAAUUGGAAGGCCGUUUAGAGGAUCUUGUAUUUGUGGAAUGUUUAGCUCAAUUAUGUGAGGUUGUGCUUUCCUGUGUGAAUUUUUCUUCAAUUGGUGAAAAUUCUGCAUUUACUCUGAGUAGUCCUGGAAAGUGGGGUGGAAAACGAAAACAGAAACCACUGAAAAAUUUGCAUUCUUUUGUAACUUUGCUGGCCAAGGUUACAUCAGCCUGUCAUAAACAAAUGAAUGUAACUGAAAACAACAAUAAUACCAGUAUUUCUGAAAAACAGUCAACAUCAACUACUGUUCAAUCAGCUGGCAAAUGUCUUGUUGGAAUAUUGACUACAUUGUUUACUAGCAUUACUACUUCAAGUUAUGUUGUACCAGUUUUGGAGAAGUGUGCUGGGCCCGUUAGUUGUUUGUUUGCUGUAUCUAAAAAAGCAAACAAUAAAAUAUAUCCUGCUAGUUUCCUCCCCAAAAUUGAUAAACUUUGGCAAGACAUUAUUUAUUGUAGCCAGAAUAUAUAUACAGGAGUAUAUGAUUCUGACUUCUUGUCAAUGAUGGCACCAUUGCUUGAAGUGAAUUUUAUGCACACGAGACGCACAAUAAAGACGCAAACUCUUCAAUUUUGGAAUGCCACAUUUGGUCAAUCACCAUCUCUCACCUACCCAGAAUCUUUACGUCUUGUUCUUAGCAAAGUUAAAGAGAAAGUAGUGAUUAUGUUACCAAGCUGGAUUAGCACAGAAAUCCAGAUAAUUGAGGAAACGCCCACAAGCCAAUUCAGUGAGGCCAGCUCUCAGGUAGCAGAUGAAAUUCCAAUUCCUAUAAUGCUGUCUCCCUCAAAAAUGCAUGGUAGUAUGUUGAAGAAUGUUGCUGCACCCAGUCUUCCGACCUCUCUUGUAAAACCAAAACCAGUGAAAGACUAUGCAGCUUGCAAGAAACUGCCAAUAAGUGAACUUAAAGAUAAAGACUUUGUGGUGAUUAAUUCUCCACAAAAUAAGUGCCGAAUUCUGACACAACACCAGCAAGAGGUAUUGAGAGAAAAAAAGUUUUCCGUUCCUGCCAUGUAUAAUAGCCUUGAUCAAUCCCAGGAUUCUGUUGCUUUUUCCAAUUCAAUAAAUAGCAGCCAACCCACUUCUCGUAGCGUGUCUGAUGACACUUUCACUGAAGCACUUGAAAACAAGAAAUCCAAUGUAGAAAAUGCUGUCAAAUCUAAGAAGAAACCACCAGCAGCCUGUGAUACUCCUGACAAUGUACCACCCCAUUCAUAUUCACCAUCUCCGGUUUACUCACCAACAACUGGUAUUUUAAAGAAGAGAUUUGUGAAUGGAAGUGGAGAGACUCCGUCUCCACCAAGUAAGCAGAGAAGAGUAUCAUUUGCUGAUCCAAUCUUUGAAGAAAAAACAUUACCGUCACCAGUGAGUCAAAAACGAAGACUUACCCCCGGCAGCUCAAAAUCUUCUCGUCGAAGCCUACUUACUAAUUAUAAGUUAACAGUUAAUAUAUUUCAUCUCUCUCUCUCUCUCUCUCCUCUCUCUCUCUCUCUCCUCCUCUCUCUCUCCUCUCUCCUCUCUCUCUCUCUCCUCUCUCUCUCUCUCUCCUCUCUCUUUCCCCUCUCUCUCUCUCCUCUCUCUCUCCUCUUCCCUCCUCUCCUCCUCUCUCUCUCUCUCCCCCUCUCCUCCUCUCUCUCUCUCCUCUCCUCCCCUUUCUCUCCCUCUCCUCUCUCUCCCUCUCCUCUAUUCUCCUCUCUCUCCUCUCUCUCCUCCCUCUCUCUCUCUCCUCUCCCCUCCCCUCCUCCCCCUCCCCUCCCCUCUCCCCCUUUUAUAUUUAAUAUCUCUCCCUCUCCCUCUCCCUCCCUCCCCUCUUUCCUCCUCCUCUCCCUCCACCCCCCUCUUGCCGGGUCUCCCCUCCCUCCUCUCCCUCCCUCCUUUUCUCCCUCCCUCUCCCCUCCCUCCUCCCCUCCUCUCCCCUCUUCCUCCCCCUCUCCUCUCUAUUUACACACAGAGCCUGUUGGACAGAUUUUGCCACAGUUGACAUCGUCCAUAUGGUCUCGUGGUCUUGAGAAUAUGGGAACCUCACCUACAGCAGCAACAGAUCGACCUGUAAGCGAGGAGAAUCCAACAACAGCAGAGAAGGAAUCUUUCUUACAGGAAAUGCCUGAAUUAGAUACAACAUCCUCAUCCCUUAAAUCGGAUACUGAUGAAUCUACUUUGUCUGCAUUGGAACCUGAAGAGUCUGCCAUUCCAAAAAAUGUAUCCAAUAAUCCACACAUUUCUGAUGUGGCACAAAGUACAAACCUAGUGUCUGCUGAAAUUUGUGAUAAUCUAAGUACAGCAGAUCUUGCUCCACCUACCCCUGUUUUUGAAACUCCAGAAGCAUCCAGUACGCCAGUGAAAACAGAAACAAAAGAAUCUGAAAGUAACUUAACAGAAAAAGAUGAAGCAUCAGAUUUGGCUGUUGAAAAUUCUAAUUCUGGUGAUCUGCCAUGUUCUAUCAAACCGAUUUGCUUGGAAAAGAAAUUUUCUGCUAUACACUGUAAUGCAAAAGAUGAAACGGAGGAACCAAAAGAUCUAAUUGAGGAUGAGGACAAAGGUGACUAUUGUACAGUUGAAGAUGACGUAAAAUCAAUUCUUGAAAAUUCCGGUGCUCUAUUGGAAGAAGUUGAAAAGUUUUCUCAGUCUGUUCAAGAAUUGGAACGCAGCCCACGCUCUCCAAAAUUCAUGCGUUGCCUAUCAUCAGCCCACUCCAAUCAUGUCAGUGAAUUCUUGUACCGAUUUGAUGAGUCUUGA